UUUCAGGAGUUUCCUCUUGGAGAUUCUCCACAGGCUCCAGACUUCCUGUCUUCUUUGGUGCAGACCGCCACCAGUCUGGCCGACAAACAUCAGACGACAGCAGAUUCUGUGGACCGAACCGCCACGGACGCUCUGAGGGACUCGGAGGCGAGUCUGGCUCUGGUCCGAACUCUCAUGAACAAAGAGAACAGAGUCAAGGAGCUGAUCGGAGAUCUGAAAACCAUGUAUGAUCAGACCUCGGCCCGGGUGAAGGGGUUUGAGAACCAGGCGACCCGGCUGAGCACUGAGGCCAGAGACGAGAGCAAAAUGGCGGACAGCAUGCUGAAAGACAUCGCCAACAUGGAGCGAGACAUCCCAUCAUCCCUGAAGGAUGAGGUGAGCGCCAUGGUUUCCAGAGUGGGCGAUCUGCAGAAGACGGUGGACGAGGACAUCUCAGGCUACCUGGCGCUGCAGGGCGGUGUGCAGCAAGACAUGGCCGCCACCCAGGACCUGAUGGCCAAGGGCAAGGCCGCCCAGCAGGAUUACGACAAGCUGGUGGACAGAGUCAACAUCGCCAAGGACAUCACAGAGAGCGCUCUGCAACGCAUCAACAGCAACAGCAACGAGCUGGACAACACCCUGAACACCCUGAAAGGGUUCGACCAGCAGAUCGACGGCAGCAGAGCUCUGGCCGACGCUGCCAUCAAGCGUCUUCCCGGCAUCAACGCCACCAUCCAGCAGGCUAUCGGCAACAACGCUGAGACGCUGUCCGUCCUGGGAGACGUGUCUGAUGGUUACAGCAGCGCACUGGAAAGCAUCAACCAGCUGGAGACUCUGGUCAACAGUCUGGAGGGAACGUUUGAAUCUUUGCCGCCUUAUGCCGAUCUGGCGAAUCAAGCCACCAAACUGAACAAAGACGUGACGGAUCUGAAGACGAAGGCGGUCGGCACGGCUGGAGACCUGGCCUCCGAGCUGGACACCGCCAGGACGCUGGAGGCCGACGCUGCGCAGGCUGCCGAUGGAGCGGCUGCAGCUUUCAACAACGCCAAAAAGACCAGAGACGCUGUGGGAGAAACGCUCCGGAACAUCAACAGUAUGCUGGCUAACCUGAACCGGUCCGGCGCUGUGGAUGAAAAGCAUCUGAAGCAGCUGGAGGACUCUCUGGCCAACGCUCAGAGAGACGUGGAAGGAAGUCUGAGGCCUCGGUUCAGGGACAUGGAGGAGCUGGAGGCCGCCCAGCGCCGCCGGCUGACGGCCAUCAACCUGGACAUCGACACCAUCCUGGGGGACAUCGCCAACCUGGAGGACAUCCUGAGAGCCAUCCCCAGCGGCUGCUACAACAGCCCGCCCAUCGAGGAGCCCUGAGGGCCGCCAGGAGACGUCAGGUCUCACAGAGUCCUGAUCUGCCAUUUAAACAAGAAUCUACCUUCUCUUAUAAAACAACGGGUGGUGCAGUGACAGUGUUUUUGAGUGACUGGUACUAAAUAAUAAUUCAGAACAAAUGUGUAUUCACAGCUCAAAGCUUUAUUUAAAGCAUCCUCCUAGAAGAGCGUUGAUAACGUGCUAAACAUGAAAGGGAGGGCGGACUAUACAAAUCAGAGUUAGAACUAUUCUAAAAGUGAGUUUAAGGAAUUUAGUCUUCGGCCAGUGUUUUACAUUCUGCUGUAUUAUCAGGUACCAAUAAAUCCUGCUGGUACUCUAAGAAUUUUUUUUAUUGAUUUUAACUUUUAAGGAACAAAGAAAACUUUAAAGAGAAAUCUGUCCUCACUGCUUCAUAAAGUCGUUGUUGUGAGAGACAGAUUUACAACCGAGGGCUCCAAAAAGAUCCUACAUUUCCCAUAAUGCACUUGGUUAGUGUCUGUAAACAGCCACAAUUUCUCUUUCUUUUCCUCUUGAAGUUACGAGGUUGGUGUUGUUCGAUGAACUCAUCACGUUCACUGGGUCAGUUCACCCAAAAACUCACUGUGAUGCUCGUGCUGCGUUCACGCCACGCAGGAGCCACUGUAAAUAUCAGUAUCUGUCUCAAAAAUACUGUCCACGGUCAAAAAACAAGCAAUGGCCCUGAACGCAACAUGUUUUACAGUAAAUACAGAUUAAACUGCUGCGGAUCAACACGUUUCAUUUCUGAUAAUAACGGUGUGUUUGAUGUAUGAGUGUGUCAAUGUAAAAGUGUUUUAUUUAUAACUGUAAAUGUUUUUGAAUUCAGUGUUUUUAUUUGUUCUGUCAACUCAUUCAUGCGACGGAUCAGCAGAGAUAUUUAUAUGUUUUGUUACUGCUUUUAAAUAAAACCUGCUGCACUUUUUCUCCUGAUUUUCAA